AUGGAAUCAAAAUCAAUCAUCUUAUCAAUUGCUUUAAUUUCAUGUUUCUUCAUGAUCGCUUUGGCCGACCCAACCAUCAAUUACAUUGGUGCAAACGACAAUGGUGUUAGCCACUUCCCAGUUUAUCAAGGUUUGAAGAUGCACAUCAGAUGUUAUGCCAAUCCAAACACCUCAAUGUCAAACGGUCCAGUUGCCCUCUUUGAUGCCGGUCUCCCAUUCUCAUCAUUGGUCUUUGCCAACGUCUUGAUUGAACUCCUCCCAACCAUCUCCACCAUGAAUAUCAGUCGUGCUUGUGUAUUCGAUCGUUACGGUUACGGUUGGUCCGACCCAGCUCCAUACCCAUUCAUGUCGACCGAGUUUGUCUACCGUCUCCACGGUUCCCUCAAUGCUGCCAGCAUUCAAUCGCCAUACAUCAUGGUCGGUUGGUCAUGGGGAUCCGUCGACAUCCAAAACUACGCCCUCCAAUACAUGAACGAAGUCGUUGGUCUCCUCACCAUUGACGGUACCGACUCUGCCUACGCCUUCGAUCCAAAGAACGCCCCAGGUUUGGCUGGUGCCACCGCUGCCAUCGAACAACUCCUCCAAUUGCUCCCAACCGGUGCCGUCGAGGGUAUGCUCGCCAACAUCCCAUUGGAAUUCGGUUACAUCCCAUCGAACCCACUCGGUUGCGCCUUCCCAAUCGAAGCUCAAACCGCCAACAACCAAUGGUGGAUGACCGAGAAGAAUCUCAACACCGCCCUCCAAGAAGUCCAAAUCAUGAUCCCAUCGACUUCACUCUUGAACCAAACCUACGAGUCAAUGAACACCGCCACUCCACUCUCCAACAUCCCAUUGGUCGUAAUGACUGCCGACUCCAACGGUGAAUACUGGAUUCUUCGUCAAAAUGUCUUGGCUUCAUUGUCCUCAAAGAGCUAUCACAUCCACGAUAACACCUCCAGUCACUUUAUCCCAAUUCAAAAUCCAGCCGGUAUUGUCAGUGCCCUCCAGACUUUGCUCACCUACGUCGAUCAACAUCAACCAAUCAUUGUAAUCUAA